CAAUUGUUACAAAAAGUUCCCAACAUGAUUGGAAAUGCUACGGAGAAGUUCUGGCUGGUUCAAGAGGAAAAAGAGAGAAUUGUGGGAGUGGAGUUACAGGAAAAUGAAUAUUUAGAGGAGAUUUGGAAGCAGGAGAUGGUUUUUGGAGAUUGAAGCCAGGCCUGGAACCUUGAGACCAUCUUGGAGGAGAAAAUCGAGGAAGAGAAACAACUGGGUAACAGAAAAAUAGAGAAUAAAAAAAUAAAUAAUUGGCUAGCAAAAAAAAAAUAGAGAAUAGAAAAAGAAAAGCAAUUGCUCGACAGAAAACUUGAAAAUAGAAAAACAAAAUCAAUUGUUCCAAGAAGUUCCCAACAUGAUGAAGUUCUGGCUGGUUCAAGAGGCAAAAGAGGGAAUUGUGGGGAUGGGGUUUAGAGGAAAAUGGAUAUUUGGAACAUUUAGAGGAGAUUUGGAACCAGCAGGAGAUGGUUUAUGGAGAUUGAAGCCAGGCCUGGAACCGUGAGACCACCUUGGAGGAGAAAGUUUGAGGAAGAGAAACAAUUGCCUGACAAAAAAAACAAAUAGAGGAAGAGAAACAAUUGCCUGACAGAAAACCACAGAACUGUGCCAAAGAAAACCAGACACAGGGUGGACUCCAGGAAACUCAGGAACCAAUGGAAAUGAGAAAAACUUGCACAAUCACCUCGUGAUCAAGGAGUUGGACCAAUAAUAAAUCAUGUGUUGACAUAAAAGGAAAUAAAAAAUUGUGUAUUAGGGUCAGAAUUGGAACAAUAAAAAACUGCUGCUUUUUCACACUGAGCCCUGCAGAGCCCUGGGGUGGGUUUUGAUGUUUGUAUCCCCAGUUUUCUGCUCUGUUUGGGUCGGAUGUUGGGUGCUGCAGCUUUAAGAUUGGUUCCAGGAGUGAAGGGGGAGGGGAGAAGCAGAGUUUGUUUUCAGGGACUGCAUUUCCUGCACUUCCUCCCACGCAUUUUUCUCACAGACGUUUUUCUGUUGUCAGCAGCACAGAGUUCUCUGCUCUUAGUUAAGUUUUUGGCUAGCUGAGGCAGAGAAAUUCCAUGAAUUUUGGGGUUUUUUUUUCCCUUUUUUUAAAUUUUUUUGGAACUUUGAAGCUGCUCUGGAGUGAAAAGCCAGAAGAGCACAGGGAGCUCACACCUGUGGCUCACCUGAGCUGGACAUUUCCCAAUUCUGGAGGGACUGAGCACAACCUGAGCGAGCCAAGCUUCAACCCACGAGAAGGAUUCCUCUGAAUUUGUCAUCUCUUCAGUGAGCUGGGGUCAGUGAAAAACCGAGAAGGAGAUCACAGAGAGACUGAGACCAACUUGGAUCAGUAGAAAAAAAUACAAGAAAAUUGCAAGAGAACGCCAGAGGUGAAAAGGAGGUCACUGAGGGACUGAGGCUGGAAGGUUGGAGGCAGAGCUGAGAUCAGGAGAAAAACCCAGAAGGAGAUCACAGAGGGACUGAGACCAACUUGGAUCAGUGAGGAGAAAAUAAAGCAGGAAAAUUGCAGGAGGACACCUGAGAGGUGAGCAGGAGGAGAUGGAUCAGAGUGUGAGUAAAGAAGAAGGAGCCACAGCCAAGCUUCUCCUGCACACACCCCCUGAAAGAGAAAUGACAUGUGAUGGAGCCACCCUUUGCAGGCUGCUGCUGUGGUGCAGCAAAAACGGAUUUCCUGCAGAUGCACAAAGUGCUUUGGAUGUGGGGAUGGGGAAGGAGGCUGGGGAGGUUUUGUGGGAUGCAGUGAGCAGAGGGGACACAGAGACUGAGGAGCUGCCCAGAGUUUGGAAGUUGGUUUUUAGCAGGCUGCAAGAAUUGGAGAGGGAAAAAUCAGUGGCCACCAGGGCUCAGAGCCCUGCAAAGGUGAAAAUGGAGUCACCCCCCAAUCCUUCUGCUGCUCCUUCAUCCCUGAUGGAGGAGGAGGAUGGAGAAAGGGGAAAGAAGGCUCAGACUGACAAGGUGGGGAUGGGUGAACAAUCACCUCCUUCCCUGUCACCUUUGCCCACUGAUGGACCCCCAAGGGAAGCUCCAGCAGACUCCAAAAUUCCUAACUCGGUCCAGGAGCAGCUGAAAAAAUUACAACUGGGAAGAGAUGGCAAGAAGUUGGAAAGAUAUCAAAAAUAUGAGGAGGAGGUUUUAAAUUGUGAGAGGAGAAGAGGGUUUAGCAAUGAAGGAGUGGAGAUGGGAGGAGGAGGAGGAGAUUUAACGUUGAGAUGGAAGGAUAUAUAUAAAAGUGCAUUGAUGGAAGGGGAAAUUUUACCAAAUUAUUUAUUUAAUCUGGGAGGGAAUUUUAGGGGAAGGGAUCCCAAACUUUGGGCCCUACCUGAAUGGGAAAUCAUCAAGGGAACUCGUGAAUCAAUCAGACAGAACGGACUGAAUUCAUCUUUAACCCAAUCCUUCCUGGAUUACAUUUUCACAUUCCAUUUAUUAACACCCUGGGACAGCAAAGUGCUGACAAGUUUAAUUUUGACACCCACCCAGCAGCUCCUGUGGCAGUCCCGUUGGCACGAUGCCUGCUCAGCUGCUGCUGCACCAAAUCCACACUUGGCAGAGUGGAAUCCUUUGAGUUUUGAAAAAGGAAAAAUGCUGACAGGUCAGGGGGAGUUUGCUGUUCGGCAAAAACAAGCAAUGCUGCACCCAGACAUCUUGUGGCAGUCCCAACAAUUGGCCAGGGAUGUUCUUAAAACCCUUCCAGAGGAUGGGAAGAGAAUCCCAUCCUACAGCAGAGUGAAGCAGGGUGCUAAGGAACCCUACCUGGAGUUUGUCGAGCGUUUGAAAUGUGUGCUGGAAAAAACAGAGCUGCAUGAUGAAGAGAGAAGAAUUUUUUUAAAGAUUUUAGCUGUAGAAAAUGCUAACCCAGCUUGUAAGAGGAUUUUGAAGGGUUUGUCAGUGGCUGCCACCUUGGAGGAGAUGCUGGAAGCGUGUGCUGGGGUGGGGAGCGCUCAAGAAACCGCCGAGUUUUUGGUUUCUGCUCUUGCAGCUGCCCUCAAACCCCUCCUACAAAACACCCACAGCCCAAAAUGUUACAACUGUGGCAAGCCGGGGCACCUCAAAGCCCAGUGCAACAGCUCCAAGCCCAAAGGGAAGGGGAAACCCUCAGGGAGCUGCAGGAGGUGCCAAAAAUUCGGACACGGCGCGUGGGAAUGCCGCUCGAAAUUCAGGAAGGAUGGGAGCCCCAUCCUGAGAAACUGGGGUGUGGGGCAGCAAAGCGACUGAAUUUAACCUCAAGAUAUUUUAUAUAAGGCUUGCAACUUUGCAGGACCAGGCAGCAAUUAAUUGUUAAUUAAGAAUUUUGGUUUUUUGCUUUUAGCGCAGGGGUGAAGGUUUGGAAGGGAUGUGUUGGGUGAAGCUGUCAGAGCACUCAGAGUCAGUUCACAAACAGCUAAAAAAACUUAAGAAAAACAUGAAAAAAUGAGUGAUUUAGGGUUUAGAUGCACUUUAGGGAACUGGGGGAUUAAAAAUUUGUUAAAAUAAGUAGGGGAUGAUUAUACUGAUAGUGAUAGAAAUGUUAAUUACUGUCCAUUACAUUUUACAAAAAGUUGCCAACGUGACUGAAAACGCUAAAAAUACAGAGUUCAAACCUUUCAUGCAAGACAACCACAAUCCAAAAUCUCAAAGCCCAAAGGGAAAGGGGAAACCCUCAGGGAGCUGCAGCAGAGAUUCGUGGAAAUAAGUAAUGAUGAUUGUGCUGAUAGCGAUACAAAUGUUGAUUAUUGUUCACUAUAUUUCACAAAAAAAUCAGAAAUGUGAUUGAAAAUGUUACGAAGAAGGUCUGGCUGGUUCAGGAAGAAAAAG